AUGGAAGAUCCUACCCAAACAUUACAGAACUGGCUUAUCUUUGCCUCGAUCAUCGGCGGAGUAGCAUGGUACUACUGGCCUAAGGGAAAGACAGUACCCAAGCCUGCUCAAGCGGCCAAAGAGGUCAAGAAGGACGUCAAGAAAGCCGCGCGUAAGCUCGAGAAGCCCAAGACGCUCGACACAGGCGUCAAGUCUACCGAACAGCCACAGUCCUAUGCAGAUGCGGCUAAAGAAGAUGCCGCUGAACACAGCAAUAAGAAACGGAAGACAGCCGCCCAGCAGGGCUAUGCACAAGCAGCGUCCAACGCUGUCGUGGAGCGAAAGGAUGCUGAAGAGGACAUUGAUAUGAGCACACGUCAGUUUGCCGCGAACAUGCAAAAGGCCAGGCAAGGAAUUCAAGUCAAGUCCACGAAUAACAAGGAGACUCGUGUGAAGACCGUGAAGGCUAAGAGCCCAGUCCAAGCACCGACUAUCUCUUCGGGGUCGUCACAGCAGGACGCAGAUGAAGAAUGGUCCUCAGCUUCAGUCCAGGCACAAGCCGGAGGCGUCGAGGAUAUGCUGGAGCCAGCCGCACCUGGGCCAUCUGCGCUUCGCAUCACCGCAUCUGAGAAACCAACCAAAGAUAAGGUAAACAAGCAGUCCAAGAAGCAAGAGGUUGAGACCAAGAAGCAGCGUCAAAAUCGUAAGAAGACGGAUGACGCCAGAUUGGCACGAGAAGAAGCGGAUCGCGAGCAGAAGGCCAACAUGGAGAAGCAGCGCCGUAUUGCUCGCGAGUCGCGCGGCGAACCAGCGAAGAACGGCGUUCCAAUCAGCAGCGCCCCGGUGACGAACCCCUGGAAGGAACAGAAUGCUGCUCGAGAGGCCCAAAUUUCCGCGGUCGGCAACACUGGCGCCCCAGCUCAGCUGCUGGACACCUUCGAGACGGAAUCCAACAGCAGCUCUCACCAAGAGCCGAGCACAGCUGCCACCUCGGUGACUGAUGCUACUCCGGAGGUGGCCACGGUCGUUGGGUCUGACACGGCUUCGGACACUACGCCACGUUACUCUGAACAAGCCGUGGCAGGCAAGGAUGAAUACGCAAAGGCCAUUACAGAGAGCGAACAAGACAGUGGCUGGAACGAGGUCAAAGUCAGCAAGAAAUCCAAGAAGAGCAAUUCUAAUAGCAACACCAAGGGCGAUGCUACGCCAGUCGCUGCCCCAGUGGCCAACGGAAAGCAGACCAAGGGAACAGCAAACUCGAGAAGAACUAUGUUUUCUGCAUUGGGCGAUAACGAGGCGUGA